ACUAAUACCAAACGCCAAGUAAACAUUAUCUUCUCUCAUCCACAUAUUCCAAUCUUUUUAUCACUCCAUUCAUAAUUUUUUUGAAAAAACAAAAUUAAAAAAAGAAGAAGAAGACUUCUUUAUUCAAGAUUUCUUCUUUCUUUUUCUCCAAUUCAUUUCACGUUUUUCCAUUCUUGAUUUUUCAUCUAUAUAUACACCUCUCAUUGUUUCAUUCUUCAUCUCACUUCAACCCCUUUUUAACAUUUUUGUGCUAAAGAUUCAAUCUUUAUCUUGAUUUAGCAAUACCCUUUCAACAAUCUUGUGUUAAAGAUUCAAUCUUUAUCUUGAUUUAGCAAUGGCUGUUGCAUACCCUUAUUUUUUUGGUCCAAAAAAAGUGGACCCCACAUUAAUGGUUUCUUCAUCUUCAUCACUUUCACCUGUUAUUUUAUCUCAAGAUGAGUUAAAAAAAGUUGCUGCAUAUAAAGCUGUUGAGUUUGUUGAGUCAGGUAUGGUUGUUGGUCUUGGUACUGGUUCAACAGCAAAACAUGCUGUUGAUAAAAUAGCUGAACUUUUAAAUACUGGAAAGUUGAAAGACAUUGUAGGAAUACCAACUUCAACUAUUACACAUGAACAAGCUGUUUCACUUGGUAUACCUUUAUCAGAUCUGAAUAAACAUCCUAUUGUUGAUUUAGCAAUUGAUGGUGCUGAUGAAGUUGAUCCACAAAUGAAUUUAGUUAAAGGUAGAGGUGGUUCACUUUUAAGGGAAAAAAUGGUUGAGGGUGCUUGUAAAAAAUUUAUUGUUAUUGUUGAUGAGUCAAAAUUAGUGAACCAUAUAGGUGGUAGUGGACUUGCUAUGCCUGUUGAGAUUGUGCCAUUUUGUUGGGAAUUUACACUUAAGAGACUUGAAAUGUUGUUUAUUGAAGCUGGUUGUGUUGGGAAGUUGAGGAAAGUUGGUAAUGGUGAAGAGAUUUAUGUUACUGAUAAUGGUAAUUAUAUUAUUGAUUUGUAUUUCAAGAAGGAUAUGGGUGAUUUGAAAGCUGCUAGUGAUGCAAUUUUGAGGCUUGCUGGUGUUGUUGAGCAUGGCAUGUUUAUUGAUAUGGCUACUACUGUUAUUGUUGCUGGAAAGCUUGGUGUUUCUGUGACUAAUAAGGAUUAAGUUGUUAUCUUUUAGGGACUUUAGUUUUAAUUAAAUUUUUUCAGCUGAGGUAUUAGGAUGUUUUGUUGGGGGUGGGUGGGGGAUGGGGGUUGGGGGUACGGGAGAAUGUUGUAGCACCAUUCUGAUUGGGGGAGGUCUGUGUGCCAAGUAUAAAAUUUUGUUGCUUUUUGCAUCAAAUAAUAUAAGGAAUUGUUUGGGGUAUUUGCCUCAAAGUUUCUAUCUUGCUGAAA